CGAUUCACCAACUGAACAAGUGAAUUGCUUCAGUGGAACAAAAAAAGAAGGAUUUCUCAUGGGAAAUUCUGGUUUGGUGAGUAGUCCAGACAUCAAGUCUGGGCAGCUUUAUAUAAAGCUUCCCGCAUUGUUUCAUUUGUACAUUUGGCCAUUUGCCUUGUUCGUUUAUCCUUAUGUCGCAUAUGUUUAUAAGAAUCAUUUAUAUUCCGAUGAAGUUCGCUACUUAACUUACAUUGCUGCUGGAACGUUGAAUGUAUUGGUCUGGCUAAUCGGCGAGUGGAGUACUCGCGUGUAUUGCUUUUUGACUUCCAAAAAGACCAAUUCUGUAGACCAUGCUUCGCAUAUUCUGGUGAUUCCUAGCAAAUCUGGAGAUAGCAGUAGCGUGGAACCAAUUGAGAAAACGAUUCUUCCUGAUGGUCAACACAUCCAGUAUUCAUUCGUUUUCCAAAAAAAGCGCUACUUAUAUAAGAAUGCUGAAAACCAUUUUACCAACGUAACUUUUCCUAUGGAUUUUCCUCUUACCAUUGGCGUUUUAAAGAAUAGCUCUGGUCUGAAUUCGGUUCAAGAGGAAAUGUAUAUGUGUCAAUAUGGUAGAAAUGUCUUCGAUAUCCCUAUUCCCUCAUUUGCUAGUUUAUUUAAAGAACAUGCGGUUGCUCCUUUCUUUGUUUUUCAAAUUUUUUGUUGCGUUCUUUGGUGUUUAGAUGAAUAUUGGAAAUUUUCUCUUUUCUCAAUGUUUAUGAUUGUAGCUCUUGAAUGUUCAGUCGUCUGGCAACGUCAACGUACUUUGGUUGAAUUCCGUACCAUGAGUAUUCAGGCGUAUGAUAUUCAAGUAUACCGUAACAAGAAAUGGAUGGCUAUUUCAACUGAGGAUCUUUUGCCCAACGACAUUGUGUCCGUUGUACACACCAAAGAAGAUCUCGGACUUCCUUGCGACAUGCUUCUACUUUCCGGAGUCUGCGUAGUCAACGAGGCUAUGCUUUCUGGUGAGUCUACUCCUUUGGUAAAAGAAUCUAUUGAAUUGCGUCCAGAGGAGGCUAUAAUAGAUUAUGGCGAUGUUGACAAAAAUGCGGUUUUGAAUGGUGGUACCCGGGUUCUUCAAGUGACUCCUUCUCAAUUCUCAAAAAUUCAAACUCCCGAUGGUGGUGUCCCUGCGCUUGUACUUCGUACUGGUUUUGAAACAAGCCAGGGUUCUCUUGUCCGUACCAUGGUUUUUUCAUCUGAAAAGGUUACCGAAAAUAAUUGGGAAAAGCUUUACUUUAUUCUCUUUUUGAUGGUGUUUGCAAUUGCUGCUUCAGGUUACGUUUGGCAUAUUGGUAGUCAAACGGAGAGAAGCCGCUAUAAGCUUAUGUUAGACUGUAUUAUGAUUAUUACGUCCGUCGUCCCUUCUGAACUUCCUAUGGAACUUUCGUUAGCAGUGAAUGCUUCAUUGGCUGCUUUGUCCAAGUAUUACAUUUACUGUACUGAGCCUUUCCGUAUUCCAGUAGCUGGACAUGUCGACAUUUGCUGUUUUGAUAAAACUGGUACUUUAACUGAAGAACAUAUGGUCGUUCAAGGUGUUUCUGGCUUAAACAAAGAAGAUCCUUCUCGCCUUGAUACUUUGGAAAGUAUCCCUACUAACACCGAAUUGGCUAUUGCUACCGCGCAUACAUUAGUGUUGUUAGAACAAGAGGGAGAACCCCCUAAAACUGUUGGUGAUCCUAUGGAAAAAGCUACCGUCGAAGCUUUGGGCUGGUCAGUAAGUAAGAAUAAUGUUGUUAUCCCUCCUGAAUCUUCAAUCUUCCAUAAAGGGAAGGUUCAAAUUACUCGUAACUUUCAAUUCUCGUCCGCCUUGAAACGGCAAUCCUCUGUUGCGAAUGUACGUGUCGCUGGUGGUAAUCAUAGAACAUUUGUAUCCGUUAAAGGUGCUCCUGAAGUAAUUGCUACCAUGUUGAAUAAGGUCCCUGAAAAUUAUGAGAAGGUUUACAAAGAAUACGGUCGUAAAGGAUCUCGUGUUUUGGCUCUUGCCAGCAAGUAUUUCAAGAACUUUGUGUCAGAAAAUAAGGUAACCGAUCUAACACGUGAAGAAAUAGAAUCUGGCUUGGAAUUUGCAGGUUUUUUGGUUUUCAACUCUCCUUUAAAGGAAGAUGCUAAAGCUACAAUUCAAAUGUUAAAUAACUCAUCUCACAGGUGCAUGAUGAUCACCGGUGAUAAUCCAUUAACUGCUGUCUACGUUGCCGAACAAGUUGGUAUCGUUGAAAAACCUACUUUAAUUUUGGACGUCAAUGAAACCUCUGGAAAAACCAUGGAAUGGAAGAGUGUUGAUGAUGCUGUAACUAUGCCUAUGGAUUGCUCAAAGACUUUGGACGCUUCUUUAUAUAAGAAGUUUGACCUUUGUGUCACUGGUCGGGCUCUUUCUGAGAUUGAAGACCCCAAUGUAUUGUUGUCUGUAUUGACACAUGCAUGGGUAUAUGCUCGUGUUUCACCUGCUCAGAAGGAGCUAAUGAUUGCUACUUUGAAAGACAACGACUAUGUCACUUUGAUGUGCGGCGAUGGAACGAAUGAUGUUGGUGCUCUUAAACAAUCUCAUGUUGGUAUUGCAUUAUUGAACGCUUCUGAAGAAGAUAUGAUGCAGAUGCAGGAACGGGCUCGCAUGAGCAAUUUAAUGUCCGUGUACGAGAAGCAGAUCCAACUUUCCCAUCGCUUCAACCUUCCCCCUCCUCCUGUUCCUCCAGCUUUGUGUCAUGCGUUCCCUCCUGGACCUAAUAAUCCUCACCGCGAAAAGACUCAAGAAAACUUGACUAAAUAUUUGGAUGGUUUGAAAGAAAAGAAGGAAGGUGAUACCGGACUGACAGAAACCGAGCGCACUGCUGAAAAACGUGCCAAUUUGGCUAAUAAAAUGUUUGACACAAUGGCAGAGGCUUCAGAUGAUGAUGCACCGAAGAUUAAAUUGGGCGAUGCUUCUGUUGCUGCUCCGAUUACAUCCAAAUUAGCAGUGACCAACUCUGUCAUUAACAUCGUUCGUCAAGGACGUUGCACUCUGGUUGCGCUUGUUCAGUUGCACAAGAUUCUGGCUCUUAAUUGUUUGAUUACUGCUUAUUCUCUUUCUGUUCUUCACUUAGACGGUAUUAAAUUCGGUGAUACUCAGUAUACAAUUUCUGGUAUGCUUAUGUCCGUUUGUUUUUAUUGUGUAUCAAGGGCUAAACCUAUGGAGACACUUUCGAAAGAGAGACCUCAGCACCGUAUAUUCAACACUUAUAUCAUUGGAUCUGUAUUGGCGCAAUUUAUUGUCCACGUGAUUACACUGAUCUAUAUUACAAGAUGCGUGUAUGUAUAUGAGGAUCCUUUGGAAAAUGUUGAUUUGGAAGAAAGCUUUCAGCCCUCAUUAUUGAACAGCGCAAUCUACCUUUUGCAAUUGAUUCAACAAGUAUCAACAUUUGCAGUCAACUAUCAAGGACGUCCUUUCCGUGAAGCUUUAAGUGAAAACAAAGCCAUGUAUUACGGACUUUUGGGAACUGCAUUUGUUGCUAUUGCUGGCGUUACAGAGUUUAUUCCCGAACUGAAUUCUAAACUCCAACUUGUAAAACUUCCUUUUAAUUUUCAAAUACAAUUGCUAUCUACUAUGGUGAUUGACUAUGGAGCUUGCUGGAUCAUUGAAGAAGUUAUGAAGAAGUACUUCCGUGACAAUAAGCCUAAAGAUAUCGUUUUGCGAGACUAAACCAUUAAAGAAUAAUGUUGCUACUUGAUUGUCUAUGAUGUAUGCCUAAAUAGACUAUUUAAAGCACAAAAAUCUGUCCCGAAAUGCAUGGCUAUCAUGGUUUCCCUUCAUCGUUUUGACAACGACGCAUCAUAUAUUUAUGACUACGUAAAACAUGUUUGCUUUAUUUCCUUUUCCGGCAUUUUUGUUUAAAUUAUCAGUGAUAUUCAUGAAAAGACUUUUUGCUUCUGUACUAAUAAUAAAAUAGAGCUUUCAUAAAUAAUAAAGAGGUCUCUUUGAAUCCGAGAAUAGUAUAUACACUGUAAAAUAUUAAAGAAGAAAACAA